GGCAGCUGUUGCUUAUCAAGGACACACUCAAGUUUAUUGUGGUGAUGUGUCAAGACACAGAAAAUAUUUACAUAUGUGUGCAUAUAUAUUAAGAGUGUACAGGUCUACAUUCUCAAAGUAACACAUCCAGAAGACCAUUUCCUGAGCUUUCUGGAGAGUGAAUCUGCUCUUAGGGGAAAACUCUUCCCUUUCCUUCUCCAAAAAGCUAGAACUGAGCUCCAGGAGGCUGACUUUCUACAGUAUGAAGCCUACACUGUGUUUCCUUUUCAUCCUCGUCUCCCUUCUCCCACUGAUAGUCCCAGGGAACGCGCAAUGCUCCUUUGAGUCUUUGGUGGAUCAAAGGAUCAAGGAAGCUCUCAGUCGUCAAGAGCCUAAGACGAUCUCCUGCACUAGUGUCACGUCUUCUGGCAGACUGGCCUCCUGUCCUGCUGGGAUGGUUGUCACUGGAUGUGCUUGUGGCUAUGGCUGUGGAUCGUGGGAUAUCCGGAAUGGAAAUACUUGCCACUGCCAGUGCUCAGUCAUGGACUGGGCCUCUGCCCGCUGCUGCCGAAUGGCUUAAGAAUGAGGAGGUUGAGAAACCAAUUUCAAAAUGAUGAGCAUAAUGAAACCACGGUCUCGACCAGGAAACCUGACUCAUUGUCUUCAUAUUACUAAAUAAUUCUUCUUGAAUAAUAAAGGCAGACCUGUACCUUUGCA